AUGAGCCCUUCGACGGAGCUUAGCGGAGCUACUCCGAGCCAGGAGCUGAAGCUUAACGGGCAUGGGAAGAUGGAGAACGGUCAAGCUGGUGCAUCGCAGAACUUUGACCAAGACGAACACGAUGGGUCUGGCAUUUUGACGCCCUCUGAGACAGACGCUAGCCAGAGUCCCACCGUCCCACAAGAUCGAACAAGCGACGCUGGAGAGGACAGUUUGAAUGGCGAUGGGUUGGAGGAACCGGUGAAAAAUGGAGGUCACAAAAAUGGGCAGCACGCUGGAUCAAAUGGCGAGGGUCUUGGUAUCGUUGUUCAUUUAUCGCCAGAUGAUGCUGAGAAGAAUGGACAAGCACAUGUGUUGGAGGGCUCCAAAGUGAAAGCCGCUCUGGCUGAGCUUGCUGAAGAUGCAUCACGAAGACCGUCCGACGACAAAGAGAAGAUCUUAAAGUUGUCUCCCGACAAAAUCCAGGAGCUUACGUCCUCCCCCGAGUCGAUUCCCUACCGCACAGCAACCCCAGAUACGAAUGCUGGGCAAAGAGUGGACUCAGACCAUUCUCAUUCGAAUGGAACGCUUCGUCCAGAAAUUCGAGAUUCUAUUCUGCAAUCUCUCAGCGAGGCACCUCCUCUGGAGGAUGCUUUGAAAGCACGCCAUUCAAGAAGCUCGGCUAUUGAAGAAUCGUCUUUGCCCGCAAGCCCGAUGCUCCCAAGACCUAGCCAGAAUGGCUCCGUACGGAAUCGACCUUAUACGAACCGAACAUUUUCGACACCCGGAAUCUCUCGGAACUCAGUACCACUGCCAAACAAUGAUCGAUUAGCGCAGACAUGGGCUUCACGUUCGAAGCAAGAUCGAAAUGCCCCCGAUCGUGAUCUUAAGAGCCACCUCGCAGCGUCUCCUCAGAUUAUUGAAGCUGCUAUACCAUCCCCAAUGCCGGCUUCAAUUCCCAUUCCUCCAGUCUCGAUACCGACCUAUCUCCAGCUUGAGCUUGCAUCUGGCGGUCCAUCGCCGCUGUAUAUCUACCGACCAGCAACCAAUGACUUUCCGUAUGAAUCAUCCAGCGCGAAGAUUGAAAGAUUGAUGAAUUUCCUGAUUCUUCCAGGCGCACUGGAACAAGUGCUAUGUUUUGGAACCCUUGCAUGCCUUGACUCAUGGCUCUACUCCUUCACCAUUCUUCCCUUACGCUUCAUAAAGGCCGUUUACAUUCUCUUCGAAUCUUGGGCGAAGAACUUGAAUGCUGAGUUUUGGUUUAUCUGGAACUUCGUGGUCAAUGGUAUAGGGCGAGUAUGGCAGAGAAGGAACUAUCAUGGCGAGAGACACGAAACUGAAUCCGACGUGACAUCUCGCGUGCCCAACGGGUCUUCCACGGGGCAAGAUGUGACUGCAUCUAUGGAUCGAGAAUCCCGGCUUCGGGAACCCGAGCCUUCGAAGAGAAGACAUCGUGCCUCAGAAUCUCGCAGACACCACCGGAGGAAGAAGUCGAUACCAUCAACCCUACUUCCAGAUGACAAGGCAGACAUUCUGACAGGCUUGCUCAUGGUGGCGACCUGUUGUGCCUUGAUGUACUUUGACGCCAGCCGCAUGUAUCACUGGAUCCGUGGACAGGCGGCUAUCAAGUUGUAUGUCAUUUACAACGUGCUUGAAGUACUGGAUCGUCUCUUGGCUGCCAUUGGACAAGAUGUUCUUGAGUGUCUUUUUUCACGAGAAGCUCUUGAGCGUCGUCCUGAUGGACGGAGCAAGAUUUUGCGCCCAUUCGGGUUGUUUUUGGCGGCUCUUGUCUACACUGUGGCGCAUGCUACAUCUCUUUUCUCCCAGGUGAUGACUCUGAACGUGGCUGUCAACUCGUAUUCAAACGCACUCAUGACACUUCUUCUGUCGAACCAGUUCGUCGAAAUCAAGUCCACUGUCUUCCGCAAGUUCGAGAAAGAAAACCUGUUCCAGCUCACAUGUGCGGAUGUCGUCGAAAGGUUUCAACUGUGGCUCAUGCUCACUAUCAUUGCAUCUCGCAACAUUGUGGAGACAGGCGCAUUCAACUUCAUCGGUGAUCUUGGGCUGGGCUCGGGCUUCUCUAGCCAAGCUUCUACCAGCACCAACAGUACACCUUUGUCCACUCCUCCUCGAACCGCAUCAUCGAUCCUGCCUCAAUCUUUUACCUUCUUCCCAUCUUCAAUCCUGUCUUCUGUCAGCAGUGUCAACUCCUUCCUCCCGACGCUGGGUCAGGUGCUGGGCCCGUUCUUGGUUGUUUUGGGAUCCGAGAUGCUCGUCGACUGGCUGAAACAUGCGUAUAUCAACAAGUUCAACAACUAUCGUCCCGCCUUGUAUGGUCGCUAUCUCGAUGUUCUUGCCAAGGAUUACUACACCAACGCCUUUGGCGACCAGAACCUGACUCGUCGGCUUGGACUGCCUGUUAUCCCACUGUCUUGCCUUUUCAUUCGCGUGUCGGUGCAGACAUACCAGAUGUUCCUGGCCUCCUUGCUCCCUCAACACCCGUCCUCAACAGCACUGAAGUCGACAUCCUUGUCAUCGAUUCAUAGCCAUUAUGCACCCGCACCACUCCCGUCCACGCCGCCUUUGACUCUGCAUAAUAUUAUUCCCGUGUCCGUUGCCCAUGUCAGCGCUUUUUUCAGUACCCUGGUGGAUAACGCUAUGCCUUCACCCGCGCAGUCCGUCCAGAUCUUCACGGUCAUCCUGCUAUUGACGGGAUACAUUGUUCUGUUGAUCCUCAAACUGCUCCUGGGAAUGAGCUUGCUUGCCUUUGCGCGCUCCCGCUACAAGAAAAUGAGAAGUCUGGAAGGCGAGUCGCGAAAAACCUCAUCCUCACACCCGCCCAUCAAUGAGAGUACGGCUCGUAAGGACGAGUUCAACGUUGAAGGAAGUCGGCGUGCCGGUGGCUGGGGUAUGGUCGAAGUUGGCGAUGAGAAGCGUCGGUGGAUCUAUGGUGAUGAUCCCGAGGGUCUACGGCGCGUGAAAGAGAAGGAGGAUAAGGACAAGAACAAGGAUAAAGAUUUGAAGAUAGAUCACGUUAAGCGGUAUGAGAUGGUGGCGAAGAAGAUUUGGUGA